GUGGGUCUUCAGAACCUGACUUCUGAGGUUCUGUCUGUGGACAGACUGCUGGAGGACAGUCAGGACCUGCUGGAGGACACCCUGAGUCUGGCUGCAGACUUCUCAAACCGCAGCGCAGUGGAGCUGUUGGCCAGCCAGCUGGAUCAGUGGCGCCCUCAGCUCAGGAAGCACGUGGAAGCCUUGGUGGUUGGCCUGAAAAUGACCGACGCUCUGGAGAACGUCCACCGCGCAGAACGCCACGCCUGCCAGCUGAAACGCCACGCCGACCUGCUGCAUAGAUCCAUGUUCAACGUGUCCCACAACGACACCCAGACGGCUCAUUCAGAAGAUGACAUCACUCAGCUAGUUGGCUCCGCCCACCAGGAAGCCUCGGCGGGCCUUAACUCUGCCUUGCUUGCUCUCAACAUGAGCGUCCAAUCAGGGCGCAGGCUGUCGGAAGAGGGCGGAGCCACGCUGAACAUCUCAUCCCAUGUUUUAGAAGAAAGUCGGCAGCUCAACAUUACAGCUGAAGACCUGCAGAUCAGUGUUUCCAUGGUAACCACCAGACUGCGAUUGGUCAGAGACGGGGUGCUUAACUCCAGUGCUCUGCUCCGCCAGCCAAUCAGUGAGCUGCAGAGGCUUCCUAUUGGCUCAUCCAGGUCCACCAAGCAGGCGGAGGUUCAGGCUGGAGCAGCAAACUCCAGCCUGCAGGGGGCGAUGCAGAGGCUGCAGAGACUCAGGCAGCAGCUGGAGAAUUCUUCUUCUGUGGUGGAGAAGACCAACAUCACCGUGAGGGAGACCAACAGCCUAAUGAGUCGGGUUCAGACUGCAGCUAACGAGGUGCAGCGCCACCUAGAGGAGGCGGAGCAUCGCACACAGCAUCUGAUGGAAAGAGUAAAGCCCCUGAGCGUGCUAAGAGAAACCCUGAGCAGGAAUCUGUCGGACAUCAGGGAGCUGAUCGAUCAGGCCCGAAGACAGGCGGCAUCGAUCAAGGUGGCGGUGCAGGCAGACAGGGACUGUGUUCGGACCUACAAACCACCUAUUCAGUCCAGUAACUUCAACACUCUGAGUCUGAUCCUGAAGACGUCCCAUCAAAAUAACCUGCUCUUCUACCUGGGAAGCAACAUCACGAAGGACUUCCUGGCGGUAGAGAUGCAUCAUGGGAAGGUUUCGUUGCUGUGGGACCUGGGCUCUGGCACAGGACGGCUGCACUUCCCUCAAACGUUCAUCACAAACAACCGAUGGACCAAAAUCAACGUUACCAGGUUCGGAGCACGCGCCUCUCUCUCCGUCCAUCAGCUGGACUCUGAGUCGCCCCCUCUGCCGGCGGUGACGUCGCUUUCACCGGGAACAUCCCGGGUUUUGGACAUCGACAGAAACACGGUGAUCCACAUCGGAGGAAUGGGAGCCAACAGUCAGGCUCCUCCAGUGCUGCACACAUCUUCCUUCCAAGGAUGCCUGGGUGAAGCUUCGCUGAAUGAGGAGAACAUUGGUCUGUGGAGCUACUACCGCCGGGAGGGGAAGUGUGGAGGCUGCUUCAGCAGUCCCCAGGCAGAGGAGACGUCUUUCUACUUCGAUGGCUCUGGAUAUUCUGUGGUCCAGAAGUCUCUGAGAGCCACGUCCACCUCCGUGGUGCUGCUGUUUAAAACUUUGUCUCCAGGUGGACUGCUGCUGUACCUGGCCUCCAACAACACGAAGGACUUCCUGUCUCUAGAACUGGUUGAGGGGCAUGUCCGUCUGGCAUUUGACCUGGGCUCAGGUGCUCUUAUCAUGACCUCCAGCAGAAAGUACAACACAGGAAUUUGGUACAAGGUCACCCUGCAGAGGAACAAGCGCAAAGGUUACCUUUCCAUCAUGGCAGCCGGCCAGCCAUCGGUGAAGGAGGUGUUAGAGGCGGAGUCUCCAGGAACGGCCUCUGACCUCAACCGCUAUGACCUGGACCCGAUCUACAUAGGAGGAUUCCCUUCUUCCAGACCCAUCAGGCGACAGGUGUUAUCCCGGACGUAUGUUGGAUGUAUUAAAAACGUGGAGAUUGCUCGCUCCAACUUUGACCUGCUGAUGGACGCUUAUGGAGUCCGGAAGGGCUGCGUCCUAAAGGCGGUGCGGAGUGUCUCUCUGUUGUCUGGAGGCUUCGUUCAGAUCAGCCCUUCGUCACUCAGUAAGGAGGCAGAGAUCCUCUUCACCUUCUCCUCCAACAACCAAUCAGGAGUCCUCCUGGCAGGCUUCGGUGACGACCGACCUCACCGGCAGCACUUCCUGUCCCUGCACCUGGUCUCAGGUAAAGUGGUGGCGGAGCUUGGCGAACUGGGCGGAGCCGCGCGGAGGGUUUCGCUCACAAAGUCCGAUGGAGAAUCAUUCUGCGAUGGAAGAGAGCACUCAGUGAUUAUGACUUUGAACAGGAAGUCUCUGUCCCUGCAGGUGGACGAUGAACACCCGAAGUCUGUCUCUCUGCCGGGAGGAUUGUCUCGGCUGUCUUUGUCCUCCGUCUUCAUCGGUGGAAUCCCUCCUGAGAAGGAGCCCCGCCUGCCGGUCGGACUGCAAGCUCUGUCCCAGCAGUUCAGAGGCUGUAUUCAACACCUGGUGAUGGGCGGAGCGCUUGUUGACCUAUCAGUCGCCAUCAGGUAUGAGGGGGUGGAGUUUAACAGCUGCCUGUUGGAGAAGAGCCCUUUGAGGUUGGUAGAUCCCGAAGACCCUGUUGUGGAACCAACACCUGCACCUGCAGACGCUCUUUUAGCCCCGCCCACACAUCUGAGCGCCCUCACUGCUGAAGCGUUAACGUGUGCGUCGGACCAGGAACCUUCCUUCCUGCCUUCAGCUGCUCAGUUCGGUUCAUCCAGGCACAGUCACAUGACCUUCAUUAUCAACCCCAGCACACUUAGAAAGAGCGUAUCGGUGAGGAUGUCGGUUCGAAGCCACGUUCUGGAUGGCCUGAUGCUGCUCCUCUCCGACUCCAAGCAGAUGGACUUUGUUGCCCUCAGUCUUAUAGGGGGGAAAGUCAGGCUGUCAGCCGACUUGGGGAAAGGCCCCUCCUCCGUCGAGUCGUCUGCCGCUGUCAGCGAUGGACGGUGGCACACGCUGAGCGCCGAGGUGAGCCAGAGGUCCGUCUCAGUGACGGUGGACACUUUACGUCCAGCAUCUGUCUCCAUCAAAGGGAACCACCUGGAUGUGGAAAGGACACUUUUCCUCGGAGGUUUUCCUAAUGGUGUGAACAGCAGGAGGAUCGGGGUUAGCUCCGGUUUCUCAGGUUGCAUCCAGUCCGUCAGUCUGAACGGCGCCACACUGGAUUUGUCCAAGCCCAUCUCGCAGCUUGAUGUCACUUCCUGCUUCACCAGGGAUCAGAGAGGAAGUUACUUCAAUGGCAGCGGACAUGCUGAACUGAUGCAUGAUGGGUAUAAGGUUGGUGCCGAUAUGUCGGUGUCUGUGGAGUUCCGGACCAGCCAAUCAGAAGGAGUCUUUUUGGGAAUCAGCAGUCCAAAAGUGGAUGCGGUUGGACUGGAGAUGAUUGACGGCCAGGUGGUCUUCAAUGUGAACAACGGCGCAGGUCGGGUGUCGGUGCGCUCCGCUGACCGGAUGCUGUGUGACGGACAGUGGCACCACCUGCUGGCCAGGAAGACCAAGCACACCCUGACUCUGAUGGUAGAUGGGAGGAAAUACAGCACCCCCAACCCCUACCCACAAUCCACCUCUGCUGAGACCAACAACCCAGUGUACCUGGGGGGUUAUCCAGCUGGAGUCAAACAGAACUGCCUGACCGUCAGGACCAGGUUCAGGGGGUGUCUGAGGAACCUGCAGCUCACCAAGCCUCACCUGAGCAACCACCUGGAUCUCAGCACCGCCCACUUCCUGCUGGGCGUUACUCCCAAUUCAUGCCCCGCUGCAUAGCAACCGUUGCCAUGCAGAGGUUAGGACACAGAAGCCGGAGGAUCUUCUGAAGAUUACUGUUGAUUCUCAGAACUUAAAAAUCAUCUUUAGAGUGAUGUCAUCUGAGAUGUAAAUAAAUAAACCAGAGAAGAAGAAGUGAGUUUGUUUGUUGAUUUUAAUAAAGCUCAGAUGGUAGAAACAGAGAGAGAGGGGAUGGGGGGGGAUGAGUCCCAAUGAGAGAAAUGAAAAACUGGACCCGUCUGACACAGACAUGUCCAAAACGGUUCUCAGGAGCAGUCGGGUCUGGGUCAACCAGGGUCCGGUUCUACAAAGCAUAUCUGGUUCUGUAUGAUGGACCCGUUCCUAUGGA